UCAGUAUAUAAGCGCCUUCUGCACCCUUUAGCCUCUCACUUGGGAUUCAAAACCAAACCGAAACUAUGCAAAUCUCGUGGGUGCUCCUGGCGGCGGCGCUGUGGGUGGGCGUGUGCUACGGACAGCUGGACAUCCCCUCUGUGUCCGAUGAGGAAAUGAAUGAAAUCCUCAGCGACGUCCCCAGAGUGGCACAGUGCCUCACCCAGCCUGAUGACAGGUGCCACCCCCUCACCGCCACGGUUCGAAAUAUCUUACCAGAACUCUACAGAAAUGGGUUCCAGUGCAAUACCUGCAGUGAACAGAGCAAGAGGAACAUUAACCAAUUCAGGACUGUUCUGACAGAACGCAAAAACUCGCAGUAUAACAGGCAGAUCCUGCGAUGGGUCACGGAACAGUUAUAAGUGAGGCCCUUCCCCCCACCUCCUCUACCCCCCCCUCUUCCUUCAUAUUACUAUUGGCUUCUUAUUUUUGUCCAUUUUUACAAAUCGGUUAUUUUUUUUCCUUUUUUUCUUUUUUUCUUUUUUUGAAUUGCAGUAAUUAAAUGUCGCAGAGGUGAUCAUCACUGUCAGUAUUGUUAUUAUUUUUUAUCGGUAUUGCUAAUGUCAUCAUUAUUGCCUUGAUCUUAUAGUUAGGAUUAUUAUUGUCAUAAUAAUUCCUAUGCGAUUUUAUUAUUGCUUAUUUUAUUAGGACUGCUGCUAUUUUCAUUAUUACUAUUAUCAUUAUAAUUAUUGUCAUUAUUAUUAUGAUGAUGAUUAUUAUUAUCAU